AUGACGCCUGCCUCCCGGCUCUCCGCCACCCUGUUUGACCCUUUGCACAAUCCGAUUUAUGACGUUACGAUCCUUAGUAAUCAGCCUCGCUAUGCUGCGUCCCAGGCUGAAGUCGUCAUCGAGGAUCCAUCUCCCGAGGGCUCCUCCGUGGUCCCCCGCAGCCACCCCGUCUACUCCCAGAAUGGCUCUGCCGAAAUUCCCGAGUUAAAAUUGAUGAUCAGAGACACGUUUCUUCCGGGUGGUACUCCAAACCGUACUGGAGUUUUGCGUUGCAACGACUCCAACGGAGCUUCCGCUGCUCUCUGCUACGACUCCAAGACUGCGGCUUUUCCUCCUCGCCGCAUCAUCUCGGCCCGUGUCGCAACCAAGCUCAUGUGCCGCCAUUACCUCGCCCUUUUCUGGAUUGUGCUUGCUACUUCUGGCGUUGCCGUUAUAGGGGCGCUAGUCUACCUCAACUUCUAG